AUCUUUACCAUCUCCGAAGAUCGCCAAAACUUGACUUAUUUUCAUUCUACAAAAGCGGUUGGCAGUUUGAAAAGCUUAAUUUACCCCAUAGAUGAUGAAAUAUACUCAGCACUUGAUGCCUAUGUCUUAAUAGAAUUGCCUUGUGAAGAAAGGAUCUGGAAAAUGUUUACAAUGGAAGGAGAACUUUCAGUUAAAAUUGUAGGACUGGAUGAAAUUUACCUCGCUGUUCAUGAUGGGGGAGAUAAAAAAAUAGAUGAAGAAACACUAAAAAAAGAACAAGGUGAAUCUACUAUGUUAUCAGUUCAAAAAGUAGAAAAUGGUGCAUAUUUAAAGGUCAAUAAUGAAGAAAUAUCUCUCAGUAAUGUCUUUGAAAAUCCAGGUCAACCAGAAGAACAUACAGUAGAAGGGGUACGUUUACAAUUGGUAUUCAGGGAUGCUGGAGGAUCUGGCUUCACAGAAAACGCAG